CCGGUAUCUGGUUCAAGAGCUCCGUUUCAGUUUCCAAUCAAACAAAGAGUUCUUUUUUUAUAUUGUUGGCGUUUUCGUUAUUGAGAGAAUAAAAAAUGGCCGAAACUCGCUCUACCAAAAGAUGGCUUCCCCUUGAAGCAAAUCCCGAUAUUAUGAAUCAGUUUCUUUGGGGUCUUGGUUUACCUGCAGAAGAAGCUGAGUGCUCUGAUGUUUAUGGAUUGGAUGAAGAAUUACUUGCAAUGAUUCCGAAGCCGGUUCUUGCUGUGCUUUUUCUUUAUCCCCUUACUUCUGAGAGCGAAGCCGAGAGAGUGAAGGAGGAUAGUAUUGAGAAGGACUAUAACAGUAAGGUAUACUUCAUGAAGCAGACUGUGGGAAAUGCUUGUGGGACUGUCGGACUUCUACAUGCUCUUGGGAAUGUUACUUCGGAGAUCAAGCUCCGAGAAGAUUCCUUCCUGGAUAGGUUUUAUAAAUCCACAGCAGACAUGAAUUCUACAGAGCGUGCUCUGUUUCUUGAGAAAGAUACAGAAAUGGAAGCUGCCCACUGCGUAGCAGCUAGUGCUGGUGAUACUGAGGCUUCAGAUGAUGUGGACACUCAUUUUAUCUGCUUCUCAUGUGUUGAUGGUGAACUUUAUGAACUUGAUGGAAGGAGACAAAGACCGAUAUCACAUGGACAAUCCUCACCGAGUACUUUACUUCAGGAUGCAGCAAAAGUCAUAAAGGGAAUGAUUCAGAAAAAUCCCAAUUCUAUGAACUUCAAUGUCAUAGCUGUAUCAAAGAAGGCCGCCUAAGCACAUCGAGUUAGUUUUUACGAGUUUCAAUUGUUUCGCAGAUCAGCGAAAUAUGAGCACUUUUUUUCCAAAAAAAUUUAGUUAGACUUAUUUGCAUUUACUACAUCUUAAAGUUUUGUAUCUACUUCAUGCAAUGUUGCUGAAGCUUUCACAUAAAUCAUGGGAUCUAGUUUCUUAAAAUCUCACUUGCAUUUUCAGUUAGUUUCAAUUUGUUUGGUUCUCUACUGUAUGUGAGAGCUUUUUGAAAGAAGUAUUAUAUUUAUUUUGGAACAGAGGAAUUAAAUAAAAUUAACUGUCAGUA